UUACAUCCAAGCCUGCAGAGGACUGAUGAUCUCUGCUGUCUGCCUGGGCUUCUUCGGUGCCGUUUUUGGACUGGUUGGGAUGAAGUGUACAAAAGUUGGAGGCUCCGAUCAGACAAAAGCAAAAAUAGCUUGUUUAGCUGGACUGAUUUUCAUACUUUCUGGGUUGUGCUCUAUGACUAGUUGUUCCCUGUAUGCAAACAGGAUUACGUCUGAGUUCUUUGAUCCUUCUUUUGUUGCACAAAAGUAUGAAUUAGGAGCAGCUUUGUUCAUUGGAUGGGCUGGAGCUUCACUCUGCAUAAUUGGUGGCAGUAUAUUCUGCUUCUCAAUAGCUGAAAACAGUAAUUCUCCAAGGAGGGGGUAUGCAUAUAAUGGAGCCACAUCUGUGAUGUCUGCUCGUACAAAGGUCCACAACAGUGUCCAAGACAAAACCCCACCAAAGCACUUUGACAAGAAUGCUUAUGUUUAAUUGUACUGUUGGAAGAUGCAAAGUGUUUGAAAAAUGAGUUUGUAUGUUUCAUGUAGAGUGAUUUCCCCCCCUCCAACCCCAAUGUAAUUACCACUAAGACAAUGACUUUUUAAAACAUUAACUUGCAGCUUUUUACAUAUUGAUGUAAAUUUUAUUAUAUAGUAUUUUAAGAUGUUGGUAUUGUGAAGUUUGAACCUGGAAAUCAUGAGCUGAUGUUGCUUUCUUGAAAAAAAAUAAACGGGGUAUUUACCAA